AUGUCUCAAUCUAGUAUCUUCAUUCCUGUGGAUGAAUUAAAAGCAAAAGAACGUAAUAUCCAACAAGACAGAAAUGAGAUGAGAGAAAACCUCUUAAAAGGACCCUAUUUAUAUAGAAAAAAUCAUAACAACUCUUCAGAUGAAUUUAAGGGUAAUGAUUUGGUUACAGUAUAUAUUGCAUCUGGAAUAAUAUGUGUAAUGUUUAUUUCUUCAUUUUAUGCAUUUGUUCAUUUACCAAUUAUAUGGAUAAUGCCAAUUCCAUUAAUACUCUUUAUUCUUAUGUCAAUUUCAUAUUACAAAGCAGUUAGGACAAAACCAGGUAAAUGUAUUAAUUUCCAACCAAACUGUUCUGAAGAAGAAAAACAACAAGCAAUUGAAAGGGAGACAUUUGGAAAAGAACAUGGAUUUAAAAUAGUUGAUAUUGGAUAUCCUGCAAGGUAUUGUACAUACUGUAAAUCAUUUAGAUCUGAACGUUCUUAUCAUUGCAAGAAAUGUGGGUGUUGUGUAUUAAGGAGAGAUCAUCAUUGUCCAUGGAUUGGGCAGUGUGUAGGUCAAAACAAUCAUCGGUAUUUUAUUCAAUUUCUUUACUAUCUCCCUAUUAAUGGACUUACUGGAAUGGUUAUUCAAAUAUGGUAUCUUGUCAAACAAAUGCAAACUGGACUCAGUGAACCAUCACCAGGAAAUGUAUUUAUUAUUAUUUUUUCAUUAAUAAGUGCAAUGAUUAUGUUCUCAAUGAGUUGUGCUGUUGCAUCUCUGGCAUACCAUUAUUCAUACUUACUCUCGAAAAAUAUGUCAUCAAUGGAAGACAUUGAACUUGUCCGGUAUGAAUGUCUUUCCCACCAUAAAGCACCUCAUUUUCCAAAUUAUGACAAUGGAACAUUAAAAAAUUGGCAAUCAAUCAUGGGAGUAUCAUUUCUUAGUUGGAUUUGUCCAUGGUAUAAUGAAAAUAAAGAACAAAAUCAAAACUCAUUUAAUGAAACAUACUUAUCAUCAGUUCACAUUGAUUAA